AUGUCAAAGAAUAGCUCUGAGAUCGGUCUCGAGAUCGUUUCGACGGAAAAGUCUCAUUUCGAUGAGCACUUACAGCUCGACGAGGUCAGGAUGCUCCAGUUCCAACCAAAAAGUCCUCUAAGACCAAUCAGCUGGAGCACGAAAAAAAAGCUGGCACACACGGUGCUUUAUGGGCUCACCACAUUCUGCGCGCAGUUCAAUUCUACAACCAUGUCGUUUGAAUACUGUGUUGACGAUAUACGGAACGAGUUUGGAGUGUCCCGAGAGGUAGUACUACUUCUUACAUCUCUUUACAUCCUCGGCAUAGCUUUCGGCCCCAUGGUGUUUGCACCACUUUCAGAAGUCUACGGUCGCAAAAUUGGCAUUUUUGCUCCAUUUUUCAUGUCUGCGAUGCUGACAUUUGCAACGGGCAUCUCAUACAGUCUCGGUGCCAUGAUGGUGACGCGGUUCCUAGGUGGCUUUUUUGCCGGAGCACCAAUUGUGGCGUCCGGCGGUGUUCUUGGGGAUAUAUGGUCGCCAGCGCAAAGAGGAGCGGCAUUUGCAUUUUACGCCUGUUUCGUGAUCAACGGGGCAGCGCUGGGGCCUACUAUAGGGUCGCUACUAAGCAUGAAGACCAAUUGGAGAAAUCCGCAGUGGUUUAUUGGAGGGCUGAGUGUCUUCAUAAUUGUCAUCUGUUGCUUUUUUCUGCAUGAAACAUACGAGCCUGUCCUGCUGGCGCGAGAGGCCAAAAAAGAGCGCCUGAAGUCAGGAUCGUGGGAAAUACAUUCAAAAUUGGAUACUUGGGACCUGAACAUUCGUGAGUUAGUUAAGAUCCACAUGGUGCGGCCGUUUGCUAUUCUGGCCACCCCCAUUGUGUUCUUGAUGUCGCUGUUUGCCAGCUACGUUUACGGGUUAUUUUAUUUGAUUCUCACCAAUGUCUCGGAAGCAUUUAACUUGGCUAAGGGCUGGAAAGGAACGACGGGGACAUUGCCAUGCAUUUCGCUCCUGCUAGGAGUUCUUUUUGGUUGCGUGGGCAACAUGCUUUGGGCCAAUCGGUACGCCAGCCUGGUGGAAAAAAACAAUGGGGAGCCUUUACCCGAACAGCGGCUUCCAGUGAUGAUGAUUUUGGGAUGGCUAAUGCCCGCUGGAAUAUUUAUAUUUGGAUGGACGUGCUCUCCAACCAUCCCCUGGCCAGUUCCUUGCUUGGGAAUUAUGAUGAUGGGGUGUGGCUUCAUAACCAUUUUCCAGGGAAGCCUGAACUAUCUGAUAGACACCUACGCCUGCUACUCUGCAUCUGCAAUAGCGGCUGCCACGUUUUUGCGGUCCGUUUUUGCUGCUUUCUUCCCGCUAUUUGCAAAACAGCUGUUUGUCUCCUUGAAUGUCCACUGGGGUGCCAGCCUGAUUGGUUUCAUUGCUCUGGGAAUGAUUCCAAUACCGUACCUUUUUUUCGUUUUCGGUAAGAGGAUACGAGAAAAAAACGUUUUUAUACCAGGCUUAGAAUAG